AUGACUAUCAUUCCCGGAUGGCGCGCUCUGGCGCUGUCUCUGGCAGCUCUUGCCCCGGCAGCAAUGGCAGACAUCUGUUCGACACUUCAACAGGCAAACAUCGAUGUCGAGUACCCAUUGUCGCUGACCUACAACUACGACCUGACCCAGUACUGGUCCGCCGCAUGCAGUGCUCUUCGGCCGACAUGUAUUGCCGCUCCCUCCAGUGCUGCGGAGAUGUCGCAGAUUAUCACGGAGCUGCACAAAGUCGAGACCCUGUUUGCCGUCAAGUCCGGUGGCCACAACCCGAACAAUGGGUGGGCCAGUAUCGAGAACGGCCUGCUGAUUUCCACCAAGAACCUGAACCAGGUGAAUUAUAACGAGGAGGACCAGACCGCUGUCAUUGGUCCUGGUCUUUCAUGGGAAGAGGCCCAGGCGGGCCUGGAUGGAACUGGUCAGGCCGUUGUUGGAGGCCGGCUUGGGGGCGUGGGUGUUGGAGGAUAUAUGCUUGGAUGUGGAAUGAGCUUCUUGAGCACCCAGUACGGCUGGGCCGCCAACAACGUGGUCAACUACGAAGUGGUUCUGGCCAAUGGUACUAUCGUGAAUGCUAACGAAGACGAGAACAACGAUCUCUUCGCUGCUCUGAAGGGAGGCGGCAACAACUUCGGCGUGGUGACAGCGUACACGAUGCGAACGCACCCUGUGGGCAAGGUGUGGGGUGGCAAUUACAUUUUCACGGCCGACAAGACGCCACAGAUUCUUGCUGCCCUGCGCAACUUUGUGGCCGACUACCCGGAUGACAAGGCGGCCAUUAUCCUGACCAGCGAACAUGGCGCUGUCAUCGACCUCUGGAUCAUGUUCCUUUUCUACGAUGGGCCUGAACCCCCGGCGGGAGUCUUUGACGAGUUCUCGGCCAUUGACCAUACCUCUACCGCGAAGACGUGGGAUAGCUACUACGACUUGCUGAAGAACAAUGACUUCUUUAUUCUGCAUGGACAACGCUACACCAUCGCCACGGAGACGACACCAGUGCCAGACAACUCUAGUGUGUUACAGGAGUACUAUGACCACUGGUUCCAGGUCACCGAGUCUGUGCUGGACGUGACGGGCGUUUUAGGCUCGAUUGCCUUCCAGCCCGUCCCGAAGUCAUUCAGCCAAAAGGCCAAGGCAAACGGCGGCGACCUCCUCGACGUCCCAACGGACACGAACUACAUUUUCAUGGAACUGGACUUCUCGUACGCGCUCUCCCUCGACGACGACACAAUCGACCAAGCCAACCAGAACCUCUAUGGGGGAAUGAAUACUAUCGUACAGAAGAACAUCGACCAGGGUGCGCUGCCAGAUGUGUACCGGCCUCUGUUCAUGAAUGACGCCUACUACCGCCAGGAUUACUGGAGUCGCAUCAAGCCGGAGUCGCACCAAUUCGCGCUGGAGACGCGAUUGCGCUAUGACCCGGAUGGAUUCUUCCAGACCCGGACCAGUGGUGGAUGGAGAUUGCCAGCCCAGUAA